AUGACACACCAGUUCUCGAAGAUAAUUGCGGAAAACCCUAUUGGGAAAGGCCUUGGUGCCUUCCGCGCCUCGUUCGGCGCCAUCUGUGAAAGCGCAAGCAUAUCCCGCACUCCAGACGCGGUCGAGCGACUUAGCCACGAGAACCUCCAGAACCUCACCCUUGUCCUUCUUUCAAAUCUACGAAUCCUUCCUGCAUCUCGCCUGCUCCGUUCCAGCGGCCGUAGCGAGAGCCUCUUCAGCGAUCUCUCAAGACUCGAUUCCGCCGUCAGCUCCGACGACUUCGACUUCGACCGCAUCAUACCUCUCCUCAAGUCAGCAAUUACCGACGAUAACGAUGUCCUCAUCUGGAAGCAAGUCUACAAAGCGGUUACCGAACCUACCCCGCAUCCCCAGACGAUAGCCUCCUCUCUUCAGCAAACUCCGUGGCUUCACAAUACGGGAAGUUUCGCAAACUCCUCCGAGUACCGCAAAGAUGUGGACAGAGUCCUCAGAGAUGAGUUAGGCGUUAUGUACGUCGGGCUCCCUCAAUUCUACGAGACAUACUUCGGACGAGUGGCAGAUCUCAGGACAGCAUCCGAGGCUGUCUUCGAGAAAUGCAAGGAAGGUAGCGAACCACUCUUUAGUGGUGGGUGGAGCGGAUGGCCAGAAGACGCGAAUCAGGACCAUGUCUUGAGCUGGUUUUCGGAGUUGAGCGAGAAGCUAGCGACGUUUGCAGAAGACUACAGGUCUAUCCCGACACAUCGACGACGGCCAUUGGCACAGCCCAACAAAGCCAUCCAGGGCUCAACCGCCGAACGCAAGCUCGAUGUUGGCUUCGUGGACGACCCCAAGGCCGGGAAAGACUCGAGAUGCCACUGGUCACACAUCCUCGUACCAGGCGAGUUGAAGAGUAAUCCUGCGGCCGGUACAGCGGCCAAGGCCUGGCUCGACAUCGGCACGUACGCGAGGGAAGUCCUCGCCGCUCAAGACACUCGCCGAUUUGUUUUGGGCUUCACCAUAUGUGGAUCUCUUAUGAGAGUUUGGGAAUUUGAUCGACUCGGGGGUCUCGCAUCUGAGCGGUUCGACAUCAACGAGGAUGGGUCCCGGCUUGUGUUUACGGUCCUCGGGUUUCUCUGGAUGAGUGAGGAGGAACUUGGCUUCGACCCAACAUUUACAGCGGCUAACGGCCAGCGCUUCAUCGAGAUCGAGCGGAAUGGCUCGAAGGAACGCCUCAUCAUUGACGAGGUAAUGCAGCGAGCACGUUGCGUCGCUGGUCGGGCCACAACAUGCUGGAGAGCUCAUCGCGAAGGCAUGCCACAGAUGCCGCUCAUCAUCAAAGACUCAUGGCAAUACCUAGAGCGCGAUGAGGAAGGCGAGCUAUUAUGCGAGGUGACUCGCAAAGGCGUCAUCAACAUGGCUAGACACUAUCACCACGAAACGGUUCAGAUACAUGGAGCGGAUGACGACGUCCGAAAUAAUGUUCGCGGAGGAUUAGACAUCACCCUUGCUACGAACUAUCGGCCGGAACGGUCGGCCCUCCAACCGGCCAUGUCAGCGUCGGAGGUUUCGGGAAGAGGUCGCAGAAGCAGCGCCAUUGCUGGCUCGAAACGAUCGUCUAGCCAAACCGGCGCCUCUCUCCCACACAGCAAGCGGACUUGUUCAGCAUCUCCAGUAAAAGCUGGUGGCGAUCUAUCCAAUCGGGUACAUCGGCGUGUGAUUCUUCGCGACUAUGGAAAGCCAAUCUACAAGGUCAGCUCCCGAACGUCUCUACUUGCCGCGCUUAGCGGCUGUAUCGAAGGGCAUGAGUCUCUGCGCAAGGCUGGCGUCCUCCACAGAGACAUCUCCAUCAACAACCUCUUGAUCAACGAGGAUACGAACAAUCCCUCCAGUCGUUCGUUUCUAAUUGACCUAGAUCUCGCCAUCAAAGAGGAUCGAGAAGGUGCGUCGGGAUCCAAAGGGAAGACCGGUACAAGAGCGUUUAUGGCAAUCGGGGCGCUUUUGGGCGAACAACACUCUUUCAUGCACGAUCUCGAGUCAUUCUUCUGGGUGCUCUUUUGGAUAUGCAUUCAUUGUGAAGGGCCAGCCGAGACCAGAGUUGUCAAAGAAUUCGACAAGUGGAACUAUAUGGACAUUGGGGGGCUGGUGAAGGAGAAAAAAGGAGAAGUAUCUCAUGAGGGGGACUUCAUCAAGUCCGCUAAGAAUAAUUUCACUCCUUAUUAUCAGCCAUUAAUACCUUGGGUUAACCGGCUACGCAAAGCUGUGUUCCCAAAUGGUGGGAGGUGGGAGAGGGAGGACGGAGGGCUAUAUGUUCGGAUGCGGCAGAUCCUCCAGGAGGCCCAAGAGGAUCCGAAGGUGGCCGAGUUGUAA